UCAUUAGUCAUUGUUUGGAAAUGGCUCAGACAACUAAAGAUAAAACCGAGCUAGAUGUACCCCAUUGGCUGUGUAGGAGCUUCUUUGAACAAUUUUUACGCAGAGAUUUUGAGAAUUUUGAGAAAAUAAGUAAACUGGAAGUGCUACCAACUGGUGGAAAUGGCGAAAACUAUACUACCGUACUAUUACGGGUUAGGCUUGAGAUCCAACUGAAAGAUGGCAAACAAGCGACUACUUCUUAUAUGGCCAAAAUACUGCCAGCAUCGCCGACUUCCCAGCAGUUGGUUCAGUCUUGGAAGGUCUUCGACAAAGAACAUAACACUUAUUCCAACUAUUUGCCCGAAUUCGAACAAAUGUUUAGAGAUGCAGGGAAAGAAAUUACUUUUGGAGCUAAGUAUUACAAAAUACAAAAUAGCGGGCUCGAAAAUGAGGCUGUCAUAUUGGAAGACUUGGGCAACAGUGGGUUUAGGAAUAUUAAGCGUCAAGAUGGCAUGGAUAAGGAGCACACCCAAGCAACGCUGGAAAAACUGGCACAAUUUCAUGCCGCAUCGGCGGUGCGAUAUGAACGCAAAGGGGAAUACCCGGAUCUCUAUGAUAGGAAUCUUCUGAACGGUGAAGAUACGGCCGAGUUUCAAGAAAAACUAGCAAAAUCGCUCAUCAGCUGUUUACCACUCUAUGAAGCAACGCAUUUGGCAAACGUGUUGAAAGAAUACACCGCCGUGGCCCCCGAUAUGUAUCAAUCAUAUGCACCUCGGAGAGAGAACGAGUUCUGUGUUUUGAAUCAUGGCGAUGCUUGGUGUAAUAACAUUAUGUUCCAAUACGAUGAUAAUGGUCGCAUUCGUGAUACCUAUCUGGUGGAUUUCCAAAUGAGCCGCUAUUGCUCGCCAGCGCAAGAUUUGAUUUACUUACUGCUCUCCUCCGUUAACUAUGACAUUAAAGUGGACAAGUUUCAUUACUUCAUACAAUACUAUCAUGAGAAAUUAACCGAGAGUCUCAAGUUGCUGCAGUACCCGAAACCCCUGCCUUCUUUGAAGGGACUACACAAGGCCAUCUUUGAUAAUAGUGAAUGGGUCUAUCCUGUUAUUUCCCUGCUAUUGCCCGUUGUACUUAUGGAUUCAUCCGAGGAGGCAAAUAUGGACACCAUUAUGGAUAAUGAUAGUAAUGCGGAUUUCCGUAAAACUAUGUUACGUACCCCACGCAUAAUUAAUCAGCUGAAGACGCUGCUGCCUUGGGCCCACAAUCUAGGUUUCUUUGAAGCCAGUAGUGUAUCACCUUAUCGAAAGUAAAAUGUCUUUUACGUCACUUAAGUACCAUGUACUGAUUAAAAUUAAGUUAAUCGGCUUAUCGAAGUA